UAGGAUGAGUUAUGAAGGGAAGAUAUUCAAUUUGCAAAUCCAGAUGCGUGUCAGUGAUUUACGUCAUAAUGAGGUCUAAUCAGACCUGUGUGGGUGUGGAUUCAAAGGAAUUCUACUUUGUUUUAAAUUCCCUAAGAUCCCUUGCAGAUUUCAUUCUGACAAUCAGGUUACCAGAAGCAAAAUGACAACCUACACAGAUAAAGGCGAAAAGCAUGAGCAGGGGAAGUUCCUCUGCUUUGACCACAUAACAUUCUGGGUUGGAAAUGCAAAACAGGCUGCAUCAUAUUACUGCAACAAGCUGGGAUUUGAGCCUCUGGCUUACCAGGGUUUGGAGACAGGCAGUCGUGACGUGGUGUCCCAUGCAGUCAAACAAGGAAAGAUCAUUUAUGUGUUCUCAUCUGCCCUCAAUCCUGGAAACAAAGAGAUGGGCGAUCAUUUAGUCAAACAUGGGGAUGGAGUGAAGGAUGUUGCUUUUACAGUGCAGGACUGUGACUUCCUUGUGCAGAAAGCCAGAGAGCGAGGUGCAGUUAUUGUGAAGGAGCCCUGCACCCUGGAGGACAAGUACGGUAAAGUCAGGCUGGCCGUGCUUCAAACGUAUGGUGAAACCACACACACGUUUGUGGAGAGGUCCGGCUACAGUGGGUUGUUUCUGCCAGGCUUUCAGAGCCCUCUCUUCAAGGACCCUUUACUAGCCAAACUACCAAGUGGAAAACUGAACUUCAUUGAUCAUGUUGUGGGAAACCAACCGUAUGAUGAGAUGGUCCAAGUGGUGGAUUGGUAUCAAAGAAACCUUCUCUUUCACCGCUUCUGGUCGGUUGAUGACAAGCAGCUUCAGACAGAGUUUAGUGCCCUGCGCUCCAUCGUUGUGGCAAACUACGAGGAGACUGUGAAGAUGCCCAUCAACGAGCCUGCCAUGGGGAAGAGGAAGUCUCAAAUCCAGGAAUAUGUAGAGUACUACGGAGGUCCAGGAGUGCAGCAUAUAGCCAUGAACACAUCAGAUAUCAUCACCGCGAUCCGUAACCUUAAAGAGCGUGGGAUGGAGUUCAUGUGUGUGCCAGACACCUACUACCACCGACUCAGGGAAAACUUGAAAGGCUCAAAGGUCAAGGUCUCUGAGGACCUGGAUGUUCUGCAGGAACUGAAGAUCUUGGUGGACUUCGACGACAACGGCUAUUUACUUCAGAUCUUCACUAAGCCAAUUCAGGAUCGCCCCACUGUGUUCUUGGAAGUCAUUCAAAGACAUAACCACCAGGGCUUUGGUGCAGGAAACUUCAAGUCUCUCUUUGAGGCCAUCGAAGCAGAACAGCACGCUAGGGGAAACCUGACGAUCCUGACACCAAAUGGAGUUUCAAAGAACAUGUGAUGCCUGUGUUGCAAUUGCUUUACAACUACGGAAAGUCUGUCAAAUAACUAUGAAAAGACCCUUUCUGUUGAAGGUCUUCUUAACGUUUCAAGAGUAUUAUACUAAUAAUGUGCCACAUCAAUGCUCUGAUAUUGUGACAUACACAAUAAUAAUGUGCAAAGGGUGUUGUUUUUUUGUGACUUGCAUGUUUUAUUACAAUGUAACAUAUAUGUUAUGUGUACAAAAAGUUCUUCAUUAUAAUUUCUCCUGAUGUUCAUGAAAUAUCACCUUAUGAGUUGUUUGUAGCAGUUAGCAGGAAGAGUUAAUCACAACUUAAUCAUAAUGCAACACUUUCUUUUUAUAAAAUGUCAGCAAAAAAACAUAUAAUAUUGAUACAAGCUUGACUCAAGCAAAACACCAUUUAAGCUCUCGUAAUUGAAAACAUUUAACUAUACACUUUUGUUAUCAUUUGGACAAUAAGGUCAACAGACCUUUCAUUGCAACAGAGGCUUUUUGCAUGAUGUUUGGAGAGCCCAUUUUUCCUUCCAUGUGGGAAGAGACAACAAUUGCAAUGUGUGAAACUGUGUAUAUAAACUGAAAUGUAAAACAAAAUGUAGAGUUUUGUAAUGUUUUACCAGAAAAUAAGGAUUUUUUUUUUUACAGUGGUUCCCAGUACUUGCAGGUGGCACACUAUAAUUUCAUGCUGGACCUCCAUUGAUAAUCCUUUGCUGUCUUGCAUGCUGUUAAGGACAGUUUAUUAAAUCAUUAUUCACUGAGCAGUACUAGCUCGUCUGUAGUGCUUUCAUGAGCUCCUGUAUGGCCUCCAGGCUGU